CGAACCCGUGGCGACACCGCGUAACCCCCGUUUCAGCGAGCCCUGCGUGCAGUGUCUCGUCGGCGCGGUAGUCGUCGCUGUCCUCGGCGUCCAGCCGCCAUCUCUCGCGCCCGACUCCCAUGCACGGACCCAGCAAAACCAAUGACGAGCCCAGCACGGCCUCGGCGAGGGCCGAGACGGCCAGCACCACGGCCGGCAGCACGAAGAAACACAGGAAGCACAGGUGGCGCGACGGGAAGCGCCAGCGCCCACCGCCCGGCGAGGAGGGAGGAAAGAGUCCCGACUGGGCCGAGUCCGAGACGGAGAGCAGCAGCCGCAGCCGGAAGCGGUGGAGGAAGAAACGCGACUCUCGCGACUACGACAGCUCGAGGGAAAAGCCGAAGACUCCGAAAAAGGUCCCUGCUUCAGCCGCCGCUUGUCCGAAGCCGCAAGAUGGCGCCUUCGCGACGCUGCCCUCUUCUCGCACCGACCAGAUCCCAGCGGUACCGGCUCCUCAACAGGCUCCUGCAUUCGAUCAACCUGCUCCGACUCAUGUUCAGUCUCUGAUUCAAGCUAAACGUCCGACUUGGACUGAGCCUCCGAUCCGGCCUGAACUUCCGAUCCGCGCUGAGCCUCCGUUCUGGGCUGAGCCUCCGCUCCGGGCUGAGCCUCCCUUCCGGGCUGAGCCUUCAAUCUCGGCUGAGCCUCCGGCUCAGAAAAAUGACGCUGCUGUACCGGACACCGAAGAGAGAAAACCAGAUGGCACCUUUCUGGUGUCCACAGUUGCCUGCGUCGCAGUCAUCGUGGCCUUAGUCCUGGCCUUGGUGGGCAUCUUUCUUAGAAUAAGGAUGCCGGCCACUGAACAUGGCUGCCCGCCGCCCAACAAGUCACUCGCAGAGGGCAACGUCAUGGUUGAGACCAAAGGGGGCCGGCUAGUCGGCAGCAGGGUGACCGUGUACGGCGUGGCUGUGGCGCGCUUCCUGGGCAUCCCAUUCGCCCAGAGCACGGCGGGCAUUCGUCGCUUCUCGUUGCCGCUGCCUCUGGGCACCCAAAACCCGUGCGAAUUGCGGGAGUACCUCGAACCGCGUCCACCGUGCGCCCAGUGGAGCAACGGCAGCGUGUUCGGCUCCGAGGACUGCCUGCACGUGAACGUGUGGACGCCGGCUGCCGCAAUCGGAGGCAGCGGUAGUAGCGGAGGACGUGCCUUGGUGGUGGCGGUCUCCGGAAAGUGGUUCGAAACGGGCUCCAACGACGACCCCGACUGGCCGAUGCUGGCCGCAAAGGCCUUACAGUAUCACAAAGUGUCCCCUCGUCGAAUCGUCACAAACACGACCAGCCAGCCGGCAUGUCGUGCAGGAGACGUGGUGGUGGUGGCGCCCAACCACCGACAAGGCGUGCUGGGCUUUCUGCACCCGCCGUCUGUCGCCGGCCUGGACAAGGACGUCGCCGUUGAUGACGUUGCGAGUGCAGUGCAGUGGGCGCGCGACCACGCGAAAGCCUUCGGCGCUGACCCGAACCAGCUCGUGCUUGUCGGUCGCGGAACGGGCAGCUACCUGCUCUCCGCUGCCGCUCGCAACAUGGAUAACAACGCUGUGCGCCGAGCGUUCUACCAUGGCCCAGUCUACGGAUCUUUGCUGCCCUUCGAUACGGCGGUGCCGUACCUCAGCCUGGCGCUGGCCUUGCACUGCAGCGGCACGGACCAGUCGGCGUGGGUGUCCUGCUUUCGCGCCGCACCCGUCGACAAGCUGCUGCAGGUCGCGCACGGGUCGUCCCACCACUGGCCCUUGCCGUUCGCGCCGUACGUCAACGUCGAGCUGCUGCUGGCAACGCCGGUAGCCACGCCGCGCACCGUCGUAGCCGGAGCGGACGCGGCCGACGACAAGGCGCUCUUCGCGGAGCGCAUCCUGCCACUCGCACAGCGUGAUGGUAACGCGUCUACGCCAGAAGCACUGGUGGAGUUCGCGUUCAACACGUUCAACGCUCCCCUGGUCGUAAAGUCUUCCCUCAAGCGGCGGUUCAAAGCGGACUCGGUGGAGGACGUCGCCAACGGCAUUUCGAUGGCGAUCUCCACGUGCGCCACGCUGAAGGUGGCCAAGGCGGUGGCCGAGGGCUACCACUACCGGCUGGACUCGGCCGUCGCCAGCGGGCUCCUGCGGCCGCCGCUGGGCAUCGGCCAGGUGGCGCAGUUCGCAGCACACGGCACGGUGCCUCCAUUGGCCGACACCAGUCCGUGGCCCCCGCUCGGGAAGCUGUCCAAGACGCGAGUGGUCAGCGCGGACGGCCACGACAAUUUCACCAGCUACUUUGCUCAGUGCGCAUUAUAGCGCCGCAUAUCAAUGACUAGUUUAUUGUACUACAAAAAAAUAUGAAGAAGGGACGAUAAACCUUACUUUUGCAGCAGU